AUGGCGGUCGCAGUGAGAACUUUGCAGGAGCAGCUAGAAAAGGCCAAAGAGAGCCUAAAGAACGUGGAUGAGAAUAUUCGCAAGCUCACCGGGCGGGAUCCGAAUGACCCAGAGAUGGAAUUUGAAAUAGAGCCAGAUAAAGAAUGUAAAUCUCUGUCUCCUGGCAAAGACAAUGUUAGUGUUCUAGAUUUGGAAAAAGAGUCUGAGGAAAAAGAAGAAAAAGAAUCUGAGCCCCAACCUGAGCCUCUGGCUCAGCCUCAGCUCUUGCCUCCACCUCAGUCUCAACCUCAGGCUCAGCCCCAGCCUCAGUCUCAUUCCCAUCCUCCUCAGUCCCAGUCCCAGCCAGUACUGCAGCCCCAGCUUUCUUCUCAGCCUGAGACUGUGCCAUUAGCCGUUCCACAGCCACCGCCCCAGGUGAUGCAGGAGGAAGGGCAUUCACUACCUGAGAGGAAGGAGUUUCCUGGAGAGUCUGUAAAACUCCCUGAGGUGCCAGUAGAGCCGGUCUUGACAGUACAUGCAGAAAGCAAGAACAAAACCAAAACUAGGAGCAGAAGUAGAGGCCGGGCUAGAAAUAAAACAAGCAAGAGUAGAAGUCGGAGCAGUAGCAGCAGCAGUUCUAGCAGCAGCUCUACCAGUAGCAGCAGCGGAAGCAGCUCCAGCAGUGGCAGUAGUAGCAGUCGGAGGCCGGACUGUGGGCCCCGGAACAAGUCAGCUGCUAAGCAGGAGUGGCAGCAGCGGCAAAAACACCCGGUGGGCGGGAUAAAUGUCCUAGGCAGGCUGCAUGUGGCCCACGGGCCGUAG